AUAGGAUAGUACUUCCAAUGAAAAAGAGAAGUACUAUACUACGUAGAUGAGAAGAGCUUUGGAUCUAUUGUUUGGUCCUCCAUAUUGAAGUAGAAAAGAAGGGUUGUGAUGUUAACGACUUGAGUCCGGCAAUCGGACUUGCUGAUGCGGUUUUUACACUUCCUCAAAUUUUCCGACUGAUCACUUGUUCUUGAUCUGGGUUUCAUUCCAUUACACCAUAGACGAAUCCUGGACACUACCGAAGCAAUUCCCGUAGUCUGCACACCACAUGUUUGCUUUAAUGUCUUGAAGGAGAGCUUGUUCUUCACUAUUAGCAUCAUCUUCCUACUCCAAUCCCCACUUUAGAUUGCUCGCCCAAAACCACCUUGUUUCUCCUGGCGCAUCUUUUCUCUAUGAGAAGGGUGUGCGUCAUUUUCCCUCACUUUGAUUUCACCCCAACGAUUCGCUUUUUCUGUUCAAGAACUCCUGCUCUUGGACUAUUCCAUUCUUCAUGUGCUAAGAAUAGCCAUAAGAAAGAACCUUUUGAAACUUUCAACAAUGGGUGUUUUUCUCAUUCACCAUUGUUUUCUGAUGGACAUGCACGCUCGGGAAAGUGCAGAGUAGAACUUGUGGAUAGUGACACUUGGAGGGUGUCCUCAGACUUGGCAGAUGUAUGGAGAGGCAAUGUAGAGAGGGGAUCAAAGAGAAAGGCUUUUCCUGGUAAUGAGGAGGGGGAUGUGGGAGAAAUGGCGAAAUAUGCGCCUCCAAACAAGGAGGACCCUGGUUUCGAUGAAAUUGAGGAAAUGAGGAUCCGCGGAAACUUAUUUUAUAAGCUUGAUAAAGAUUCUAAAGAAUAUGAAGAGCAUAAGUUUGACUUCCAUGGUAGGAAUAGAAACAAAGGUGAUAAGAAAGAAAAUGAGAGAACCACUGAGUGUAGGGAAAGGGGGCAAGAAAAUAAGAAGGGGAAAGAAAAUAAGAAGCAAGAACGGAGCUUGGAAUUGACUAGGACUCCACGAUCAGAUAAGAAAAGUCAUUUGCUUCCCCGUCUUCAUGAAUUGGAAGGUUCUGGAGAUGCUAAGAUAAAAAGGACUCUAACUUUCAAUCAGAUCACAGCGCCUUAUCAUAUGCCGUUUUGUUUGGAUAUUUAUUUAUCUAAAGGGUCUGUACGAGCCAGCAUUAUUCAUCGUCCAUCUAGCAAGGUUGUUGCUGUAGCACAUUCUAUAUCCAAGGACAUGAAAUUUGACUUGAAAUCAACCAAGAAUAGAGCUGCUUGUAAAGCUGUAGCAGAAGUGCUGGCUCAAAGAGCCUUGGCAGACGAUAUCCAUAAUGUGGUAUAUACACCCAGGAAGGGGGAACGAUUGGAUGGGAAAUUGCAGAUUGUACUUCAGGCUAUUAUUGAUGGUGGUAUUGAUGUGAAGGUGAAAUUAAAGCAGAGAAAACCCAAGAGAAGCCGCCACCUCCCACCAAAUGCACAGCAUUAACCAUUGAAGCUCUUUCAACAGGAGCAAGAUCUGUGACGCUGACAAACCUAGUCCGUCAUUAGAAAAGCAAGGAAGAAUCAUCUGAAAUAUAAGUGUUUGCCCAACUCCAUUAGUAUGAGGCCUUCUGGAAGCUGUCAGAAAACAAAUAUGUGCAGACUAGGCUCAAAGCUGGCAAUAUCGUAUAAUGUGGAUUUAAGAUGACGCUUGUGGUGCUAACAAUUUGUGUUAUGUCUUCGGUGCCAAACACUUUAUUCUACCUGUCAAAGCAGAGAAUAUCAUACUAAUGUGGCUUGUAAUUGUAUAUGGCCUAUGUCAUAACGGACAGUUCAGUUUUCUGCUCAGGGAAUGAUUAGAGAUCCAUGGAGUCGGUUGACUUGAUGUCGUCAUGAAGCACAAAUAAGACUUUGGGGGGAGGGGUUGGGGCAAAAUAUGAAUUGAAGCGUUAAUUAGAAAUGUGUGUUUCUUUUUACCCAAGGACUGUGUUCUGCUUAAUGAACCAUGAAUUAGAUACCAGUGUAGGUUUCUUUCUUUACUGAAGCACUGAAUUCUUCUUAAACAAAAUUCACCUUAAACCAUCCCUUUUGUGGGGUUAUAUCAUUCUCUUUUUCUGGGAGUACACAUCUUGUAAAUGUAUAACCAAUGGCAAUACCUUAGUGCUUUCUGCUUAGGGAUC